AUGUUCCGUGAAGAGGGAGCCCGUCUUAUCUACGAGUAUGAUGCUGAGCAGCUCUAUAUUGAGCCCUGGGGUCCGGAUGCCUUUCGGAUCAGAGCCACGAAAUGCGCGACCAUGCCACCUGAAGACUGGGCGCUGGAGGGGCAACAGCCUCCUGUUAUUCACCCCCAAAUCGCCAUCUCCUCAACCUCUGCCAAAAUCACCAACGGCAAGAUCCGGGCUGUCAUUACCAAGUUCGGUAAGCUGACAAUCUCAAACUCUCAAGGCCGUACUUUGCUCGAGGAGUAUACACGCACCCGUCGCGAUAUCCUCGAUCCUAAAUGCAGUGCUAUCGAAGUCGAGGCCCGCGAAUUCAAGCCCAUUCUUGGCGGUGAUUAUCACUUAACUGCACGAUUUGAGAGUAUUGACCCAGAGGAGAAGAUAUUCGGCAUGGGUCAAUAUCAGAUGCCCUUUCUAGAUCUGAAAGGGAUGGAUCUUGAGCUAGCGCAUCGCAACUCUCAGGCCUCUUGUCCUUUUGCUCUUUCGUCCCUCGGAUACGGACUUUUAUGGAAUAACCCUGCGAUCGGACGCGCGAUCCUGGGAAGAAAUACGAUGAGCUUCGAGGCGUACUCAACAAAAGUAAUGGACUAUUGGGUCGCAGCGGGCAAUUCGCCUGCGGAAAUUGAGGAGCUCUAUGCCAACGUCACCGGGAAAGUGCCUAUGAUGCCUGAAUAUGGCCUGGGUUUCUGGCAAUGUAAACUUCGAUACCAGACACAGGAAGAGCUUCUCGGCGUAGCUAGAGAGUAUAAACGUCGUGGUUUACCAAUUGAUCUGAUUGUGAUUGACUUUUUUCAUUGGCCCAAGCAAGGGGAGUGGAAAUUUGACCCGGUCUACUGGCCCGAUCCAGUUGCUAUGGUCCAGGAACUACGCGAGAUGAAUAUUGAGCUAAUGGUUUCUAUCUGGCCUACCGUGGAUAAGAAGUCAGAGAAUUUCGAGGAGAUGCGCGAACGUGGCCUUCUCAUUCGUGUGGACCGCGGCAUUCGCACUGGCCUGGAUUUCGAGGGUGAGACCAUCCACUUUGAUGCUACAAAUCCUAAAGCGAGAGAGUAUAUUUGGAAAAAGGCUCGGGAUAAUUACUAUGCCAACUGCGGCAUUAAAACAUUUUGGCUCGACGAGGCUGAACCCGAAUAUACGGCAUAUGAUUUUGACAUCUAUCGGUACCACCUUGGGUCAAACUUGGCCAUCGGAAACAUCUAUCCACGGGACUAUGCGCGAGCUUUCUAUGAAGGAAUGACUAGUGAAGGUCAAAAGAAUGUAGUGAACUUGGUACGGUGUGCCUGGGCCGGUAGUCAGAAGUAUGGCGCGCUCGUCUGGAGCGGUGAUAUCGCAUCUUCGUGGAGCAGCUUCCGGAACCAGCUUGCCGCUGGUCUGAAUAUGGGCAUUGCAGGAUUUCCUUGGUGGACCACAGAUAUUGGGGGUUUCCAUGGUGGCGAUCCAAACGAUCCGCAGUUUCGUGAGCUGUUUGUGCGCUGGUUCCAGUGGGCUGCUUUCUGUCCCGUCAUGCGCUUACAUGGCGACCGGGAGCCUCGACAGCCUCAACAAGGCACGACGGGAGGUGCGACGUGUUGUACCGGUGCAGAUAACGAGGUAUGGUCCUAUGGACCAAGAGUGUAUGACAUUUGCGAGAACUACCUGCGAAUCCGCGAGGAAUUACGGCCAUACACGAGAGAACUGAUGCGAGAGGCAGCGAAUAAAGGUACCCCGUUGAUGCGAACGCUCUUCUAUGAAUUCCCCGACGACAAAGAAUGUUGGAAUAUCAGCAAUCAGUACAUGUUUGGUCACCAAUUCCUGUGCUGCCCGGUGCUUAGCGCCGGCAUAGAGAAGAUGACAGUAUAUCUCCCACGCUUGCCGGUGGGGAACAAGUGGAAGGCAUUCCAUGGAGAUAAUGUCUGGGGCGGAGGCCAAUGGAUCGAGGUUGAGUGCCAUAUAGAUACGAUGCCUGUCUUUGUGAAAGAGUAG